UCAGUAGGUUCUCAAAAUGUCAACUAUCAAGGAGAAGCUUAUUGAGAGUCUAAUUGAGGAAGAUGAAGCCUCCCAGAGUAAGAUCACCAUUGUUGGCACUGGUGCUGUAGGCAUGGCUUGUGCUAUUUGUAUCUUAUUGAAGGAUUUGGCCGAUGAACUCGCCCUCAUUGAUGUCUCAGUGGACAAAUUGAAGGGAGAAAUGAUGGAUCUUCAGCAUGGCAGUCUUUUCUUUAAUACUUCAAAGAUUACCUCUGGAAAAGAUUACAUAGUAUCUGCAAACUCCAAAUUAGUUAUUGUGACAGCAGGUGCACGGCAACAGGAGGGAGAAAGUCGCCUUGCCCUGGUGCAACGGAAUGUGAACAUCAUGAAAUCAAUCAUUCCUACCAUAGUCCAGCAUAGUCCUGACUGUAAGAUGCUUAUUAUUUCAAAUCCAGUGGAUAUUUUGACAUAUGUGGUCUGGAAGCUAAGUAGCUUACCUGCAACUCGUAUAAUUGGAAGUGGUUGUAAUCUAGACUCUGCCCAUUUCCGUUACCUAAUUGGAGAGAAGUUGGGUGUCCAUCCUGCAAGCUGCCAUGGUUGGAUUAUUGGAGAACAUGGUGAUUCUAGUGUGCCUUUAUGGAGUGGGGUGAAUGUUGCUGGUGUUGCUCUGAAGACUCUAAAUCCUAAAUUAGGAACUGAUUCAGACAAAGAGCAGUGGAAAAAUAUACAUAAACAAGUUGUUGAAAGUGCCUAUGAGAUUAUCAAACUUAAAGGGUAUACCUCUUAGGCUAUUGGACUGUCUGUGACAGAUCUGGCAGGAUCAAUUUUGAAAAAUCUUAGGAGAGUGCAUCCAGUUUCGACUAUGGUUAAGGGCUUAUAUGGAAUAAAUGAAGAAAUCCUUCUCAGUAUCCCUUGUAUCUUGGGGCGAAAUGGUGUCUCAGAUGUUGUGAAAGUUAACUUGAAUUCAGAGGAGGAGGCCCUUUUUAAGAAGAGUGCAGACACAAUCUGGAAUAUCCAAAAAGACCUGGUAUUUUAAAGCCUCUUAAUGUUUCACCGUUCCAUAGAACAGAAGAUGUCAGACGUGUUUUUACAUUUUGAAAGUAUUUUAUUUUUUUGUUUUUUUGGGAAAGUAUUUUAAUCUGAUCUGUAAAAAAUAAAAACACACUGGAGACCCAUGAUGUAAAUUCAGUCCCGCUAGGUUUGGAAAAGGAAAUGGUAGAUUUCUCUCUCUGAGUCUCUUAUAGCUCAGUUCUAAUGAUACCCAACCUAUACAGAUGCAAGUUUUACUUCUGAGGUAUGUCAUAUAUGAGUUGCCUUCAGAUUUAGUAGAAUAUGUAUAACAACCCAGUAUAAUAUAAAAUGAUUUUUCUC